UACUGGAGUUGCGCUUCCCAUCCGUUAGAGCGCUUCAGUAAACCACCUUUGUCUCUGGCUGAAGAAUCAGAGGACUUCCUUUUAACAAGGGCGGCGGGUUCAAGUUAGUGAAACGGAGGGGAACUGCUUUGAAGAAGUGAAUCGGGACUGGUUUAAUAUAGCCUCCCUCUUCAGAACUACUACAAAGGGAGUGAACGGAGAGUGUUCCGCUGCGUAAACCGACACCGACCAUCGCACCGCUCGCUCUUCCAGCCGUCUACGAAAGAAAGCAUGUGGGGGGGGAGAAGGAACUGAGAGUCUUUCUCUGGGAAAUUUUGGGAUUUCUUGUUCACGUUUUGAGAUGCUGCCGUUAUAAGAAGAAGCGCAGUGUGUUUCCAUGCGUUUUGGACGCGCUGACAGCCCGUGUGUGUUACGCACUGACUCACCAAAGGAGCUGUUGUGCAUCUGGAUCCUCCGCGCCUCUUCGUUCAACCAGAAUCAGCAUUCAGUGGAUUAAAAUAAAGCAAGUGGGAUUGGCGAAAUGGGCUGCGCCAAAGUUCUUCUUGUGAUGUUCGUGAUAGGGUUUGAAAAGGGGAUUUGCGUCAACUGGAACCCCAUCGCACGCAAGACCGUUAAAUAUAAUGAUGUGCAUGACAGUAUGGCAAGGUUUCGCUCUGUUGGGGUGUGGAACUACACUAUGUUGACCCUGGCAGAACAUGAGAGGGUUUUGUACGUGGGAGCCCGAGAGCACAUCUUCGCCCUGGAUCCCAACGACAUCAGCAGACAGCUCCGACCGCAGAUUGAGUGGUCUGCUCCUGUGGAAAAGAAAAGAGAGUGUGCAGCGAAGGGGAAAAAUAACCAGACUGAGUGUUUCAACUACAUUCGCUUCUUGCAGAGCUACAACCACACACACCUAUACACAUGUGGAACAUAUGCCUUCCAGCCCAAAUGCACCUACAUUAAUGCAGAUCACUUCAAUCUGGACAGUGCCGCCCUAGAGGACGGCAAAGGAAAGUGCCCUUACGACCCUGCCAAGGGUCAUACAGGACUCAUUGUUGACAAAGAGUUGUACUCCGCCACCCUUAAUAACUUCCUGGGCACAGAGCCUGUGAUCCUGAGGAACCUGGGACAGCAACAUUACAGUAUGAAGAGUGAAUACCUACCUGCUUGGCUCAAUGAGCCAAACUUUGUGGGUUCUGCACUGGUGCGGGAGAGCCGGAACAGUAAAGAUGGAGAUGAUGAUAAGAUCUACUUCUUCUUUAGUGAGAGAGCAGUGGAGCUGGACUGCGACAGUGAUCUGACAGUGGCACGAGUGGCACGUGUUUGUAAGGGAGACCUAGGAGGUACACGGACCCUGCAGAAAAAGUGGACCACCUUUCAGAAGGCUCAGUUGAUGUGCUCCCUCCCAGAGCGCCACAUCACCUUUAAUAACCUGCGGGCCGUCUUUACCCUGCCUGGAGCAGACUGGAGGAGCACAAGUUUCUAUGGCAUCUUCCAUGCACAGUGGGGGGAUGUGGAUGCGUCUGCUGUGUGUCAGUAUCAGAUUGGGGAGGUGAAAACUGUGUUCGACGGGCCAUAUAAAGAAUACAGGGAGUCGUCUCAGCGAUGGGGCCGGUACACUGGCACUCUGCCCAGUCCACGACCUGGAGCGUGCAUCACAAACUUUGACAGAGAAAAUGGCUAUAACAGUUCUCUACAGCUGCCUGACGCUACUCUGAACUUUGCCAAGAAACAUCCACUAAUGGAGCUAAAGGUGGAAGCUCGCCCCCUACUGCUUACUAAAGGAAUCAACUUCACUCGCCUCGCUGUGGACAGAGUGAGCUCACUGGACCAGAGAUCCUACAACAUGCUCUUCAUAGGGACAGCGGAUGGAUGGCUACAGCGUGUUGUGAUUUUGGGUUCAGAAGCUCAUGUCAUUGAAGAGAUUCAGCUGUUUGAUCGCCGGCAACCAGUGGACAGCCUCACCAUCUCUCACAGCAAAAAGUAUUUGUACAUUGGCUCACGCUCUGAGGUUCUUCAGCUGCCCUUGGCCAACUGCAGCCGGUAUCAUUCUCAGCCAGACUGCCUGCUAUCCAGAGACCCAUACUGUGCCUGGGACAGCGAGGGACGUGCCUGCAUACGCAUUGACCUCCACCGCGGAUCCACAUCCACACUUUCCCAGGACCUCAUGCUGGAGAGGUUUAACCGAGGAAAAGCCAAGUUUGACAAGCCGAUCUCCAUCCCCAGUCCUGAUCAUUCGAGGUUGAGAAAUGCCACAGUGGUAGUUGGAUCAGAUCUGGUGCUACCUUGCAGUCUGGUUUCUAACUUGGCUCAACCCUUUUGGGAACUCAACGACCGUGAACUCACCCUAGUAGAAGGUGAGGCCAUGGGACCACGAUUCGACAAAGCACUUCGUGCCCUUGUUGUCCCCCAAGCUGGUCCACUUCAAGCAGGCCGCUACAUCUGCUACUCUGAGGAGCAGGGAGUAAAGUUCCAGAUGGAAAGAUACCAGGUCGCAGUGGUGGCCAGUGCGCCUGUCUUCAUGGAGGCCCGCACACCUGAUGGCAGCAUGGGUUUAUUCUGGGUACUGGUGAUAACAUUAGGCGCCGUUUGUCUGUUGCUGCUUAUUGCUUCCCUGUACCUUCGUAGAAGACUUAAGCUAGCCCUGGGCAAAGGGGCUGAGAUGAAGCCAUUGGAGAGCACUUUAGUGUACCCCAUUACCUUACCCAAAGAGCCGACUAGCCGUCCGCCAUUUGUGCCAAGCAAAAUGGCCAGCGAUGAAGACCGCUUCUGGGAAACAGGGGCUAAUUAUUUCUACACUGAUGGGUCCCUGAAAAUUGUGCCCGGACAUGCCAUGUGCUCAACCGGCAACUCAGCCUCUCCAAGUUCCAUUCCAGGUCAGCCUAUUCACUCACCAAGUAGGUUAAGCCUCACCAACAUCAGAAACUCGAGCACCAAUGGAUACAUCCGCCUGAAUCUGAGCACAGCCAGGGAGGAGAGAGGGAGCGGAGGAGCAGGUAUGGGCAUGGGGAGCGGACUUGGGCUGGGCACCCGAGAGAACGACUACUCUAGUCCAUUUAAAGAGGAGCUCCGGAGAACUCUGCAGCAGAGGACCGUCCUGCCCGAUGCCAACCCAGAGGAGUCUUCUGUGUAGAUCUUGUAGAAAACACAGAAUACAUCACCUACCUCCCACCUGCUUGGGGAACUCUGUCUCCAUUCUACUCUUCUCUACUCGCAACUUAUUCCUUCUCUGCCAACACUUUUGCCGUGGCAAACAUCUUCCGUGCCACAAGGCCACCAUGCUUCACAACAUUCCCUUCGAUUAUUCUGGUUCUCGCACUUCUAACAAUCUAAGUUGCUCUUAGAAGCAGCCUCACACAAGACUGAACAAAUCUUGCCAAUCUUUUGUAAAUGUCUUUAUUUCAAGGACCUGACAAUAGGGCCUUGUGUUGAGCAUGGCUAACAGGCAAACACAGGUAAUCUCUGAGAGGAAUCUGAUGAGCCAAAUGUAGCUGUCAUUCUGAUCUGUGUUAGGCAGAGUUCUGGCAACAGAUCAUAUUUAUUAGGCAAGCUGGAGGAUGCAGAGCCCUGCUCUCUAAGUUUGACAUCCAGGCUGCUUUCCUCAGUCAAGGCAGGUGUUUGGACAGGUUUCUUGCACUCUUUGUGAAUAGAAAAACAUGUGAGAGAAGACCAAGUGGACAAGCAAAAACUUAAAUCGCUAGAUGACAAUCACAACAUUACAUCUCAGAAGAGAAAAUGGAGGACACAUUGUUAAAGAGAAGAGAGAAAAACUAUUGAGUGAGCUGAAAAAAGAAACAGAACUCAAAACACAGACAAAUGCUUUGUCUUUCUUUACUGCUCAAUAACUUUUUUAAUAUUAUCUUUUUUUCCCCGAGAAUGUGUCAUGAGACUUGCAGCACUAAUAAUAUAUUGUGAGGUUUUUCUGUCUGUUUAUUGCUACUGUUAAAGAAGGAUUUAUUUUUUACUAUUACGAGUUUCAGCUGAAAUGUGAAAGGAAACUAGCUCGUGUUCUUGUUCACCUCAAAAAUUUCCCUACAUGAUAAACCAGGUGAAUGAAGACACACGAUAGAAGGAAACUUUGCUUCUGGUCUGGUUUAGAAGACUCCGCCCACAUUCUCAAGCCAAAAUAUUCCUCAUGAACAGGAUCCUUCAAGGACUACCAGUAGAUGAGCUUGUUAUUAAGUCCAGUUUAAGUGACCAAUCAGAAGCUAUGGCUGAUGAAACACAGUGUGGGCUUUGCUACUCUUAAACAGAGACUAAACACAAAAACAGAGUGAAACCAGAAAGCCGAGGACACUUUCAUUCUGUUGACCUUGAUUGUGAAGACAAAUAAUGACCCUGCGUGGUGAAGAGGCACUACGAUGGUCAUCACUGGGCCCAUAUUCCAUUGCAUGAUGUUCUGCUAAAUAUAUUGUAUAAUUUUCAACAAUCAAACAAUAAUCUCAUACUACACUGCCUGGCCAAAGAACUUCACCAUUUGGAUUUAAAUAAGCAGAUACUUAAGAGCCUAUGAUUGGAUCAUUAUUGCAGUGAUUAAUAUGUUUCUGCUGGCAAACAUUCUUUUAACCCUAACUGAUGCAGUGUGUAGCUUCUCAUUUCUUUAGCAACCAUGUCAGAAGGCGUAUCCCGUUGUCGUGGAAGAAAUUUUACUGUGUUUCAAAAGGAGCAAAAUAUUGGCCUGCAUCAUGCAAAGAAAACAAAGGAGAUCGCUGAAAUCAAUGGAAAUGGUUUAAGAACUGUCCAACGCAUUAUUACAACCUGGAAGUGGUGAACCGUCAGCUUCGUGGAAGAAAUGUGGUCGGAAACAAAUCUUGAAUUAUCAUGAUUGGAGAUCACUAAAAGUACAGGAUUGGGACUAAACAGCUGUGUGGCCACAAGAAAGACACUUGUUAAUGAGGCUAACUGGAAAAAACUACUUCAGUUUGCUAGGGAGCAUAAAGAUUGGACUGUGGAGCAAUGGAAAAAGGUCAUGUGGUCUAAUGAGUCCAGAUUUACAAUAUUCCAAAGCAAUGGGUGGAUCAGGGUAAGGAGGGAAACGCAUGAAACAAUGCAACCAUCAUACAUAGUGCCCUCUGUACAAGCCUCUGGAGGCAGUGUCAUGAUCUGGGGUUGCUUCAGUUGGUCAGGUCUAGGCUCAGCAACAUCAUGCGGCAAUAAAAUGAAGACAGCUGACAACCUGAAUGUACUGAAUGACCAGGUUAUCCCAUCAAUUGAUUUUUUUCUUCCUUGACGGAACAGGCAUUUAACAGGACGACAAUGCCAAGAUUCAUCGGGCACUGUGAAAGAGUGGUUCAGGGAGCAUGAGGAAUCAUUUUCACAAUUGGCCACCACAGAGUCCUGACCAUAACCCCAUUGAGUGUCUUUGGGGUGUGCUGGAGAAGACUUUACAACUGGUUCCACUCUCCCGUCAUCAAUACAAGAUCUCGGCCAAAAAUGAAUACAACUCUGGAUGGAAAUAAAUGUUUUGACGUUGCAUAAGGUUGUCAAAACAAUGCCACAACGAACGCCAUAAUCAAAGCUAAAGGCCGUCCAACGAAAUAUUAGAGAAUGCAACUUUUUUUUCUUGGCCAGGCAGUGUAUAAACAUAAUAUAACAAAAAGAAGAAAAGUUUUCAUACAUGUGCCUCUACACCUUGGGUGAAGCCAAAGCAGACUGCAGACAUGUUUUUAAUCCUCCUCUUUUUUAUGUUCUGGAUUUUGUCCAUUGCACAAAACUAAAGUGUUGUCAGAAAUCUUUGUUACUACUAAUCUUGUUUUGGUGGAAUGCUAUUCUUAGUGGCAUGAUAGCUUUACAGUUUUCUCAAGCAGCUUUUCAUUCUGCUAUUCACUUUGUUCUAGUCUAUGAUCCAGUCUGUGCCGCGCAGCAUAAGAGGGAAGAAAAGACUGGUUAGAAAAGAUCUUUGUACUAAAAUGUAUGCUGAAAAAACAGAAUCCUUUCUGCCAGGACUUCUCAGGGUGGACUUUUGACUCAAAAUCUUGAAAUUGUGAAAUCUUAUAGUCCUUAAUUUCACUCAUCGCUUUGAUAAGCCUAUGUAAGUAAUGACCUAAAGUCAGACUUAAGAAUGACAUAAGUUCACUGAGAAGACAGGAAGUGUUGCAAAUGCUUAUUUGCAUUACAUAUGGCUUUUUUGGACUGACUCAAAAAUGCUUCCCAGUAUUCCCUGCUUGAUAAAAUAAAAUACGGUCAUCUCAAGUGCAUUUCAUCUCACUUGGCUUUAAAUCUGCUGUUUCUUUGUGGUUGCCAUUUCAAUUUUUGUAUUACUUUUUUUUCUUUCAUGUUUCCUUGCAUAAAUUUUUUUUUUUUUAAGUAAUUAUGUUAAGUAACUUAUUUUUUGCUUGUACAAAAAGUUGAUAUUUAUUAUCAUUGUACAUAUACCCCUAUUUUUUAUAAAUGUAUAUAUCUUCAGAAAAUAAAAGUACAGACCAGUUCACAAUGUGUUGGGUG